AUGGGAACGCGCAGCGGAAGCGCGGAGCGGGCGGCGGGAGCGCGGGCCGGGAGCGCGGCCGGGCCGGGGCGGGGCGGGCGGCGGGAGCGCGCGCCGCGGGAGCGGCGGGGGCGGGGCCAAGAGCGCCGUGCCCUUUGUGUCCCCCCGCGUCUGCGCAGGCGCGGCCGCGCGCGGGGCUCGCUGGGAAGCGCAGUCCGCGGGUGGGGGUCGCGGCCGGGCCCGUCCCGCCCCUCAGGGGCCGCGGGGCUGAGCGGGAAAUACCGAGUGUCUGUGUCUAAUGAACAAGGGGGAAUGAAAGUUACGGCUUCCGCCGGUACGCGGAGAGUUGAAUGGAUUGGUGCAGUCUCCUUAGCUGCUGGAGCAGCUGCUGUUGGAUAUCUAGCUUACAAAAAAUUCCUCUCUAAAGACAAAUGCUGCAAAGCAAUGGUGAACCCCCAUAUCCAGAAGGAUAACCCCAAGGUAGUCCAUGCCUUUGAUAUGGAAGAUCUGGGAGACAAGGCUGUGUACUGUCGUUGCUGGAGGUCUAAGAAGUUCCCGCUGUGUGAUGGCUCUCACACAAAGCACAACGAGGAAACCGGUGACAACGUUGGGCCUCUGAUCAUCAAGAGGAAGGAGGCCUAGAGUGGACACUAGAAGCUACAGAAUCAAUGUCUGACAAAUCUUCUGUUGUCUUGUAAUUGGGGGAAAAAAAACCCCACAAAUUCUUUGUCAUAUCACUGAAGACUUCCCAAUGUAGUAUACACAUCAGGCUUUAGCAUGUAUAUUUUCUCUGAUGCUUGUUGUCCUUCAAUCACUACAAUGCAUAAUUUACUAAGUAGUCCUGAUUUCAAUUUUUUGUCCUGUAAAGUGUGUGUACCCUCUCACUGAGUGUGAAGCUGAGGCACAGAAUGUACUUCAUCAGGAAAUAGGUAUUAAAUUAUUUUCAAAUACAUGUGUAUCAAAAGGUAGAUAUUAAAAUCCUGGAGAGGUUCUAAAGUCACAGAGCUGGAUAGAUGUCAAUGUAAAAGGCAGUGGCAGGGAAGAAAUCACAGUGCCAUCUUAAUCUCUGAUUAUGCUGCAUUUUCUGCAGGUGUCACGUUUGUCCUGUUACACUACUGUGCUGUAUGACUUCUGUAAAAGAACAAAUUCAAAUUGCUAGCUAUGAACAGACAACAGAAAAGGCUGAAAGUAAGAUGGGGCUAGAGAGCAACUUUACCUUUGAUUUUACAGCAGCAUUGAAACUUGACCCUAGUUCCAUUUGGUAUCAAGAAAAUACUAUCCAAACUGCAAACCUGUCUUUAGAGUAGGGUUAGGAAAAUGGUCUCUGAGAGAUUCCUUAAUAGAUGGGUGGAAUGACACAAAGUGCUCCAAGAGUGAUGGCAGAGUUGUUUUUGCUGUUGGAGAAAGCCUUAGUUUCACUUGCAGUCUUUCAGUGAAGCCAACCUCCCCAGACCACAGGGUGCUUCUGUGGGGUGGCUGUGCUGAUUAAUUCCAGAAGCUGAAAUAAAAACUGAAACCCCACCCUUCAUCACCAUCUCCUUCACCAUUGCACUGGCUGGUUCUGGAAAGCUUUUCCCAAUGAGAAGGGAGGAGGCAUCCCUUUCUUACUAUGUGGCCUUAGGCUCUAUGUGUCUUAACUCCUGCCUCCCUGGGCUGCCAUUGUGGUUCAGCUGAUUUUACCAAAAACCCUGGCAUGGAUGAAGAAAGGCUUUGAAAACAGAUGGAAACAAGAAGGGAGGGAAGGAUGAGAUAGAGCGAGCUCUUACCCUCCUUACCCAUGGCACUUUGUCUUCUUGUUUGGCUUGGUUGCAUUAAUGGCUGUCACGUUGGUUUCCUUAAAUAGCUUUGAUUUAUUAACAUGCGUGUGAGGACAAAGCAAAACCCAAAGAGUGAGGCAGCAGGGGGCAGUUUUGUACUGAACCCAGCCCAUUAGUGUAACUGUGGCCUGCAUGAGAUUGAGCUCUGAAUAUCCUGGGACAGAAACUACCUCAGGGCUACAUGAAAGGCCUUGUUAAGAAGCUGACACUUUCGCCUGGACCCUUAAGGAUUCUUCAGAUGACCAGGGCAGGAGAGGUUCUAUUUAUUUGAUUUUUUAAAGGUGGUUGGUACAAUUGGUGAAAACUAAAGAUGUUUAGCAUAGUCUCUAAGUGAAGCUUUCAGAGCCUGAGGUCUUGGCCAACUGGUCUGGAUUUGGGCAGAACGCACAAAAUGUAAAGAAGGAGGCACAGGUAAAGAAAGGGGGAAUGUUGGAGUAAGGGCACUACUGCCCAAGAGACCUCUACUUGAAAGAAGUUGCAGUCAAAUCGUUAGUUUGUCUUUUCUGUCUGUCUUGAGUGUAAAGUCACUUGAUAUUUUUUACUUUGCUGAGUACUAAUGCAUAUGGAAAGUUGUUUUAACCUUAAAUUAUCAAAUACAUUUUAUCCAAAGCAAAGUAACUUCUGUAUUACUAGAAUAUGACACUGGAUAUUUCUGUAUUUUUGUCAAAUACACAUUUGAGCUCAUGGUAA